AUGAUACCAACGAAGAAGCUGUGGGCAUAACGAAGCGGCAAAUAUCAAACCUGUGGACAGGUGAUUGGUAGUAAAAAAUAGAAGACGUUUUGGGCACAUCGACGAGGGGAAGGAUUUUAGCCAGAUGUUAGCAAACUCGGCACUAAAGUCGCUAAAGUCGCAACGAUGUCCCAAGGGACAGUUUCGGCACGUUUGUCAAUCAACCCCACAAGUGGCAACUCUCAGGCUAACCACAACGAUGUCUCGGAGGCGGCUUGACAACCGCAAUGCACCUACUGGGUUCCUUGGAGAAAUUCAAACCCUUAUCAAUACGGAACCGAUGGACAGUAUGUAUGAAAUCACCGGCGAGUUGGGCAGGAUCCAUUAGGGUAUGUCACAUCGCCGGUGUCCCCAACCUUGCUAGUGCAAUUCAGGAGGAAGGAAGCAAGGGCAUGUGAAAACCAGACUUGAAUUCAGCCACAGAAGAAAUGAGGAAAUCAACUAUGUCUGGCAACUUCCAGGGGAAAUUUGCAGUGGUGAAGCGGUGCAUGGAGAAGGCUACGGGAAAGAUGUUCGCCGCGAAGUUCCUGCGGAAGCGGAGGCAGGGCCGAGAUUGCCGGGCCGAGGUGGUGCACGAGAUGGCCGUGCUGGAGGCGGCCCGCAACAACCCUCGUGUGGUCAACCUGCAAGCUGCCUACGAGACAGACCACGACAUAAUCCUGCUGCUGGAAUAUGUGGCGGGAGGUGAGAUCUUUGACUACUGUGACUGUGAUGAGCUGCUCCCAGAGGGCCAGAUCACACGCCUGAUCAGACAGAUGCUGGAGGGCGUCCACCUCCUCCACCAGACCAGCGUGGUGCACCUGGACCUCAAGCCCCAGAACAUUCUCUUGACCAGCCUGGCUCCGCUGGGGGACAUAAAGAUUGUGGACUUUGGCCUGGCGCGCAAACUGGGCACAGUCGGAGAGCUCCGAGAGAUCUUGGGCACGCCCGAGUACGUGGCUCCAGAAAUUCUAAACUACGAGCCUAUCACCACAGCAACUGACUUGUGGAGUGUGGGGGUGAUAGCCUACAUGCUGGUGACGGGCGAGUCUCCAUUUGCAGGGGGCGACAAACAGGAGACGUACCUGAAUGUGUCCCAAGUCAAUGUGGACUACAGCCAAGAGGCCUUCUCCAGGGUGUCGGAGCUCGCCGUCGACUUCAUACGCAAGCUGCUUGUCAAAACACCAGAGGACAGGUCCAGUGCAGCCGACUGCAUGACCCACCCCUGGCUGUGGCAUCAAUACCCAAUUACCGAGCCCAUCACGCCACGUACACCCCGCGAGAGGAGCAGCGGUAACAAGUGGGCCGCCCCACCCGAGGAUCCAGAAGACAAGGAGAACUUCACCUUGGACUCGCACCACACCCACGCCAAGCGGUUUCGGUUUGAGGUGGAAACGCCCGCCUCCGACUUUUGAGGGGGAAAGAGCGACGCAAGCGCCCUCCCUCCUGCGACCUCCCCUUAUGAUUUUAUUGGUUUUAUGCAGCAAUGAACCUGCAGGCAGCACUGUUGCCUACCCAAGAGCUAUUCAGUCCUGUUCUGUUCUACCGCUCGCUUGUAUCCAGUGUGUCCGGCCAAACCAAAGUUAACCAGCUUACUUUGUGAUCUAAUGAGUAAUAGUAUUUUAUAGUGAGCUGUUUUGUCUUUUGUUUUGUCGUGUUCAUUUAUGUCCCUGAAUUUACAGAGAAUGGGUGGCCAGGUAUAUCUCAAGGGAAAUCUAUGCUAUACUGUUUUUCCACAAACUUUUAAGAGACAUUUUAAAAACAGACAGCAUAUUAUUACUUGACCAUUUUUGCCAGAAUGCUAAUAAGUUGUCGUAAGUGUUCUUAGAUGCCCCAAAGUAUUUUGUGCUAAAAUCAUUCCAAAGAACACUGAGCUGUGCAGAUACAAGCUAAAUCAGUCUAUUUGAGGUCGUGAAAGUAAAGUAUCCUCGUACUAUAUGCUUAUUUGCUUGACCCAAGAUGUGCAUUACCUCCCUACUCUCAAACAAGCAUAAGCUUCGGGCCAUGGUUUAUGCCGAGUGGCAUAUUCCAUUCCAUCUGAAAUUCCCUUGUCUAGUUCUUAAACACUCUACAAUACACCACAUCUGAAAACACGUCAUUGAAGACAGGUUUUCUAUGCACACAUUACCCAGCCUUGGCCUGCAUAAUAAGUAAGCCAAUGAGUCACGCUAUUUUCUGUCUAUUACAGUAUUUAUUGUUUACCUGAACUCUCCUGGUUAACAAUUCCACAGUAAUAGAGGCAGUUUAAGAGGGCUCUAAAAAAGGUGACUCAUGGACAGUUCACACCCAUGCUUACUCAAAUGUUUCUGCAAAGUUGUCAGUUCCUCUUUAAUCAUUAGCUUAAGGCAAAUGUGACUGAAGCACUUUCUAUUUAUCAUCUGGGUAUUCAUCAUGAAUUACUGGAAAAUAACCAUGUCCUCUGAAGUGUUUUUAAUUCCAUGUUUUUUUUUAAGUAUAACUUGAAAACAACUUGUUUUCUGAUGUUCACCAAAGUAAUCUAAUCUGCAUCAUUUAAUCAGCAUUUAAAAGCUAUUCCAUUUUUUUUAGGGCUAGGAUUCCUUUAAAGCUCAAUGGGAAUUAGGUACAGUGUAUUUGGAAUGUAUUCAGACCCUGACAUUUUCUACAUUUUGUUAAUGUACAGUCUUGUUCUAAAAUUGAUUAAAUAGUCCCCCCCUUCAAUCUACACACAAUAUCCCAUAAUGACAAAGCAAAAACACGUCUUUAGAAGCACAUUUGGCAACAAUUACAGCCUCGAGUCUUCUUGGGUAUGACGCUACAAGCAUGGCACAACUGUAUUUGGGGAAUUUUUCUCUACAGAUCCUCUCAAGCUCUGUCCGGUUGGAUGGGGAGCUUUUCAGUUCUCUCCAGGAAUGUUCGAUCGGGUUCAAAUCCAGACUCUGCUGGGUCACUCAAGGACAUUCAAAGACUUGUCCCGAAGCCACUUCUGCGUUGUCUUGGCUGUGUGCUUAGGGUUGUUGUCCUGUUGGAAGGUGAACCUUCGCCCCAGUCUGAGGUCCAGAGCGUUCUCGAGCAGGUUUUCAUCAAGGAUCUCUCUGUACUUUGCUUCAUUCAUCUUUUUUUCGAUCCUGACUAGUCUCCCAGUCCCUGCUGCUGAAAAACAUUCCCACAGCGUGAUGCUGCCACCACCAUGCUUCACCAUAGGGAUAGCACCAGGUUUCCUUGGCAUUUAGGCCAAAUAGUUCAAUAUUGGUUUCAUCAGAGCAGAGAAUCUUGUUUCUCAUGGUCUGAAGAGUCUUUAGGUGCCUUUUGGCAAACUCCAAGAGGGCAGUCGUACCUUUUAACCGAGGAGUGGGAUCCGCCUGGCCACUACCAUAAAGGCCUGGUUUGGUGGAGUGCUGCAGAGAUGGUUGAUCUUCUGGAAGGUUCUCCCAUCUUGACAGAGGAGCUCUGUCAAAGAGACCAUUGAAUUCUUGGUCACCUCCCUGACCAAGGCCUUUCUUUAGGAAGAGUCUUGGUGGUUCCAAACUUCUUCCAUUUAAGAAUGAUGGAGGCCAAUCUAUUCUUGGACCUUCAAUGCUGCAGAAAAGUUUUUGUGUCAUUCCCCAGAUCUGUGCCUCAACAAAAUCUUUUCUCGGAGCGCUACGGACAAAGGAUCUGAAAAGUGUUGUAAAUAAGGUAUUUCUAUUUUUUAUAAAUAAAUAUAAAAAAAAUGGGGAUUUGUCAUCAGGUAUUUUAUUUAUUUAAUACGUUGGUCUUAUUCUAAAAUGUAACAAUGUGGAAGAAGGGAAGGGGUCUGGAUACUUUCCGAAUUCACUGUAUAUUGGGAGACAUAACAGAUUGUCUCUAUGGAGGCGAAUAUAUUCCGUCCUAUCCCCUCUUCAUUCCAUUUCCUCCUUGUGUCAGGGCAAAUUACCUUUCACUUUGGUCAUUACUAUUGUGUGCCUCUUUUUAUAUUUCCCCUUUUUAAUGUACAUUUUGUCUAACCCGAUUAUCAAUGUAAUUCUAUAAUGUGAUGGUGUUUUGUUUGUUUAGAUGUACAUUGUGCUUUUACUUAACUGGAUUCAGAUGGGUUUAUUAAGAUUAUAUGGGAUAUAGUAUUGAUAGCAUCUCUUAACAAAAAUAUGUUUUGGUAACGGGUGACAUAAAAUUUAAAUAUGCUUUGCUUUUAAAGUGGUGAAUGUUUGAUAUGCGUGAAAGCUUUGGCAAAGUGAUUAGAGAUGGAUUUAUAAUAGAAAAUAUGGGUUUCGGUUAUGAGGAAAGGGUAUGUCGUUGAGAUGCUUGCGGAGAGGACGAUAAAAUAUUUGGGGUUAUGGAAGUGGUGUGGGUACAGGUUAUGGAAUUCACUGAAUCAUGGACAGGAAAACUUUUUAGUAAUGCAGUCGAUGAACAGGAACAUUUGAGAUAUUUGUACAGUGUUACCAGGAGGAGGAUUUUUUGGGGGAUAUAUGGACGGUCCUAGUACGGAACACUUUUGACAGUGAAGAACAUGAAAUGGAAGUGCUCUGUUGAGCAUUCAUUCACAUGGAAGCCCAUCUACCUGUGAAGUUAUGAAAUAAUAUACAAAUGCUUCAAGGGGUUCUCAGUAUUGAUCAUUGAAUCCCGCUGGGGCAACACAUAUGUAAAAAGUAGUGGCCCCAGCCGACUUGUAAGUCGCUUUGGACAAAAGCGUCUGCUAAAUGGGAUAUAUUUAUUGAAUCUGGAUUGUUAUGAAGCCUAACUACCAGUCAACCUCAACUGAACAUGUCAGUUUAAAAAAGGUGCGAAGACUUUCUUGUUUGUGGUCCUCAAGGUUUACCAUAGAGAUGUCACCGGCCUGGCACACACAAUAGCCUUUGUCUUGGAGAGGGACUUCUCCAGUCAUGGCCAGGCACUCAAUGUAUGCUGUCAUCCAUACGGAGAACUUGAACACCGCUACAUCAUUACAUUGGUUUAGUAAUCAUUACCAUCAGUUCAAAGACAUUUUAAAUGGAAACACAGACGUUUGAGGUGCUGCUGUCACCAAUUGGCACGAAGUGGACUUGUACAACUUGAUUAUUUGUAGGAGCUCAACUGGUGUGUGACUUUGAUUACCACAGGAGGUUGGUGGCACCUUUUUAAUUCGGGAGAAUGGUGUGAUGAUAAUGGCUGGAACAGAAUAGGCGGAAUGUUUGAUGCCAUUCCAUUUGUGCCGUUCCAGACAUUAUUAUGAGCUGUUCAAGUGACAAAAAAACGACUUUGAUUACAGUUGUAGGAGAUUCACUGUUGUAAUGCUAUUGUUUUGUAUUGCUGUUCGCUGAGACCAAUUGGCACAGUAGUGGACUUGUACAACUUGAUUAUAUUUGUGAGUGCGCCACUGCUUUUUCAUUUUGUACGGCUGUCAGAAUGGACUUUGACUUACAGACGAUCUGGGCCUAUGCCCACUCAUGGCUGCGCCCCUGCCUAGUUGUGAAAUCCAUAGAUUAGGGUGUAAUGAAUUUAUUUCAAUUGACUGAUUUCCUUAUAUGAACUGUAACUCUGUAAAAUCAUUGACAUUUUUGCAUGUUAUGUUUACAUUUUUGUUCAGUAUAAUAUCCAGAUAUUUCCAGGGACAAUUGUUCAGCACUUUUGGAACUACUGUAUAAUAUCAAAAUAUAGGGGUAGGAGAGGAAGUAUGGGGCCCACGUGGGUAACUGGGGGACCCUGAUUUGAUAGGGUAACUGAUUAAUAAAGAAUUAAAAGAAUUAACUGCAUAAUAAAUAAAUGUGACUCGUCAUAGACGGGAGGAACCCGCUCUCAAUGUCCAAAAUACACCAGAGGGCAUCAUUUAUGCAGGUGACUAUCUCAUGAAGCUGAUUGAGAGAAUGCCAAGAGUGCGCAAAGCUGUCAUCAAGGCAAAGGGUGUUUACUUUGAAGAAUCUCAAAUGUAAAAUAUAUUUUGAUUUGUUUAACACUUUCUUGGUUAUUACAUGAUUCCAUAUGUGUUA